AUGGAUGACGCUUCAUCUUUACAAACGUCAAAGGCGCAAUGGCUCUCGGCUCUCGACGAGGCGCUCGACAAUUUCCGCAGCCUGGUAGCUGAAUCGUCGUCGAAAGCAUGGAGACCAGUGAGUCUCGCUGGCAGCUCUCCAGCAACGCCCAACCUCGCAUCACCCUCGACCUUCCCUAGCGUUUCGACGACUUGUUCAUCUCCAACCACCGCCGCCUCAUCCACGCCAAAGGGCAGCGCAUCACGCAGCAAGGCGCGCGAAGCCUCUUCUUUGCGCCAUGUCGAAUCGAUCGAAGACGCUUCAUCUCGCUACGACUCAAGCACUUCUUCACCAAGUGCGUCCGCUCCGCCCAAGCCGUCGCCAUCAGCGUCCAGCUCGCAGCCGUUCCGCCUCGGCCGCUUUCGCCCCGACCACAUCGCUGUGCAUCGCAAGCCAUCCAAGGGCCCCGACAUUUACAGAGCGGUCACAGAGGUUGCUUACGAAGGUUCUGCUGACCUCGUAGCCUUCCGCUCUGUGCUUCAAACGCCAGAGACUCGCGCCUGCUGGGAUCGACUCGUGCAGUCGGCAGAGCUUGUCGAGCAGCUCGACCCUAUCACCCGUAUCAACAAGGUCCAGUAUCGCUUGGGCUGGCCAGCUAGUCCUCGCGACGCCAUCGUCAUCAACAGGACGCUUGCCGACGACUCUACGCUCAUAGACAUCGCCACCUCUCUGCCACGCUCCCCCGACGCACCUUCUUACCUCCGUCCAGCGCCGCCUUGCGUAAGAUCCCAUGUUCACCUCAUGGCUUGGUGCGUUCAACUCAUUCCACCGGAUGCUCCCCUCACCUCAUCCGCCAAGCCAUCCGCCACCACAUCUUCAUCACCCCUCCGAUCAUCUCCACGCAUCAAGCUCACCGUCUUCUGGUCCUGGGAUCUCAGAGGUGCAUGGAUGGGCAUGCCCGCGGGAGGUCUUGGCAUGCACCUGCCUGAACUCAUCAAAGGUCUCCUCAAUCAUGUUCGAGAUAGCAGCGACAAGAUUCCUCUUCUCAAGAACUACGGCAACUGCGUUGAGCUACUCUCCAACAAUUUCGACGCAACACGAGACACUCUCGUUACUGAGUACGCCGUCGUGGUCGAAGACACCGUUGCACGCCAAGCUGAGGAUCGUGCAGAGAAGGAUCUCGACACGCUUCAACUCCUACGUUCACGCAGGAAGCUCGAAUCGGCGCUCGAGUUCUGUCUCCCCGCCACAGAAGGAUGGGACGUCAGGGUCGAGGUCAAGGGUCAAGCCGCCUCCGUCACUGACUCUGAGCCUUCUCACGCCACCCAAGCUGCUUCCUCAUCGUGGCACGCAACAGCAGAAAGGCCAUCAGGAUCGCAGUACACUGUUUUAGCCAUCCGUCAUCAGCAGCUCCAAGACGCCGAGCAGAUUGUGCGAAUCAAAGUUAGCAUUCAGCGAGUCGUGGCCAGUAGCGAUUUGAGGCUCAAUGCCGAGCCUUUGAACGUCGCCUACGUUGAGCCACGGACGCCUGCCUCGCUCGCACAGCCUCUGCUCCAAGACACGGCCAGCAUCUCGGGCAUUAGCGUUGCCACAACAUCCACAGGCAGCAGCGCAUCCGUCCAUGCGGCCGCACAUAUUGGAAAUGCGGCCAACACCUCGCGCACAGGAACUCCGAAUCUAGGCUUCGCCAAUCACAUCAACUCGCAAAUUCGCCGCAAUUACAUCUACUUUACAAGUCUGCUCCAAGAACCCGAGGCCAAAUGGAAGCCAAUCAGCGACCUCAAAGGCGUCACUGUAACUCAGCUCGAUUCGAUCGAUCCCACUCUCGUCGUAUACCGAGCCGAAGCUACAUUUGUCGGCGUCAGCGUCUGGGACCUCUUCUCUACCAUUGGCAAUCCUGGCGCUCGCGCUUACUGGGACAAGACACUCGACGACGCAACGCUUCUUACAGACAUCAACGAGCUGAGCUCGCUCUGGCAUACCAAAACCAAACCCAGCUGGCCCGUCAGCGCACGCGACACCGUCGUCAUCCAGACCGCUUACAAGGCGCCAUCGUCGGUUCACAUCUUUUCCUUUUCCACUGAUGAUCGCGCACAGUUUCCUGCCAUUCCGCUGACGGAUGGUAGCACCAUCCGUACCCAGAUCGACCUUCGCGGCUGGUCAGUUGAAGCUCUUUCGCCCACCACUGUUCAUGUCACCAUGCUCGAGCAAUCCGAUCCCAAGGGCUGGACGAGCAAAUCCGCCACACCAGCUGCCAUGGUGAGCGCUGUUGCCGGUGUUGGCGAGUACGCCAUCAAAUUUGGUGGUCCUCCCGUCUUGACACGCAUGCUAGGCGCAAAGACCAAAGUAUCCCGCUACGAGCACGAGAAGGCCACCUUCCGCGUCGAGUAUGUAUGUGAGGUGCCCACGAACGAAGAUCUCACCGAUGCGCCCAAUGUAGAGUGCGAGAUUCGUUGCGAUAUUGAGACAUGGGCUAGCUCACUCGAUCUAGUCGUCGAUCCUCCACCCAUCUCGAUCUCCUGCCUCCGGCGUCACAAGCUCUCGCAAGGUGGAGGAGGUCUCUGGCUUACCAUCGAACAUGCAGCUGCAUCCCUCGAAGAUGACUCGGCGCGAAUCACGAUCCGCCGGGGCAACUCACGCGACAAAGGUACCGUUCAUGUCAACGGUGCCAGCAUCCAGGUAGAUGUAGAUCAGCUGGAUGACGAGCAGGUGCAGCAGCUCAGCCGUCAGAAGCGUUCCAAGCCUCAGCGCGUGCCUCUGGAUCUAAUCAACUCGGCUCGCAAGGCAGCAGACGACUCUGGAGCGCCUGGCAAAACGAGCAACGCUGACGGCCGCACACCGACAACAGCAAGCGAUACUGCCAAGGAUCUGCAAACAAUAUCGUCGCACUCUUCAUCUGCGAAUGGCACAGAUACCAGCCAAGAACCUGCAGGCAUGUCGGAACCGGCUGCAUCGGUAGGCGACGAGACUGUUCAAACGCGAGAGAAUGGCAACCUAAUGUCGACAGACUCAUCCGCCAGUACCGUCGCUAACGUGCCUUUCUCGGAUGAGACGCCACGCCAGCCGAUGACGUGCGCUCUUGAUGUCCUGUUCUUACUGCGACGUAUUCAUGCCGAGCGCUCCCCUGAUCCUGCCGGCACUCCUGCUGGUUGGGCUCUCGUGACCGAACGCAAUGGCCUCUAUGUUCGGCGCAAGCUCAUGGAAUCCAUCUCGAGCACCGUGCUCGUUCAGCGCGGCGAUAAGGUCGUCCAAGGAUUGUCCGCUGAAGAUCUGCUCGACCUGGUAUCGAAUCCUCGCAGUCGAAAGCAGUGGGAUGACAAGGUGGACUCCACCACCUUGCUUGAAAGCUACGGCAAUGGCUCGUUCACUUCCUUUAUCACGACCAAGGCGAGCUUCCCCUUCCGCGGGCGCGCGUUCCACCUUGCCAGCUUGACUGCACGUGGAUUACCACCGUCCAGCCUCGGUGCUACCAACCCUGGCAGCGAUGGCGUCGCUUCUAGCUCGGCCUCUUCGUGGUCAGGACCGGCCGUGUACUUCCAUGCAUCGGCGUCAUUCCCACAGCAGAACUCGCGCUUUGCGAUGGACCGCAUCAACCCCAACGGUUUACCGCUGGGAAAGGUUCUGAUUGAUGGCUGGAUUUUGGAAACGCUGGAUCCGUACAGCUCGACGAGCUUCCAGAUCCCAUCAACUCGAUGCACACAUGUGGUUGCUGUGGACUACGCGGGCAGCUUGCCCGUGGCUGUGAAUACCAUGUGGAAUGCGAACCUUCCACGGUCGGUGCUGCUGGUUGAGGAGUACCUCAAAGCAAGAGGUUCCAUUCCAUCGGUCAAGACUCCGCCUCCGUGCUUGCAGGUGCUCGGCGAUGGCAGAGAUGAAGAUCAAGGUUUGGUCUGGUCAAUGAACGAACCGGAUCGCAAGAAUCUGUUCAUCUCGACGAGCUUCGAUGCUUCGACGCGAACGUAUGUUGUAAUGAGCAUGCAUCGUGCCACGCCGCAAGCGACAAUAGCAUCAGGUCUGUUGCCUGCAGCCAACAUUGUAAAUGACGGGCAAAGUCGUCCUGCCCGUCACUCAGACGCAUCGUUGACCAGAGGUGUCGCGGACAAACUCACUCAAGCCCUCAAUGCAGCACCUGGCACGCCAAUGGUGGCGUCAGCAGCACCGCCCAUUAACUCAAGCGGAGAGCAUGGCCUUGGCUUAUCGCGCGCGACCAGCAUGCACUCGAUCGGAAGCACAUCCGCCACAAGCACUGCUUCGACCAUCCGUCGUCGUCCAAGCUCUAUCCAUACAGAUUCGCGCAACGCAACAGAUUUGAUUUUGAUGGAGGUCGAGAUUGAGCUUCGACACUAUCAUAAGGGAUAUGAUGUACAGGUGUUUUCCGAGUUUGUACCGGCGGGUGCCGGUGCGAAGACAGCUGUUCCGCAGACGGCAAAUGGGCGAGCGAUCGACAGGCCGGCGACGCCGAAUGGCACCUCGACGCAGCAGAGCGAUAAGGAAGCCGUAUUGUCACUCAGCAUGGCAUCGGAACAGUCGAAAGAGCUACCUGUGCAGCUGCGAGUCUACGACCUGCCACCAAGUGCGGUGCUUGCGGCAACGCUGGAUCCAUCCGCUCGCCCCCGCAAGCACCUGGUUCGUGUCACGGUGCCCACGACAGCGUUCCUAGACCCCGUAGAAGACCCACUUACGGGUUCCAAGCCUCCUGAAACUCCUUCAUGGUAUACGUCGCUGCAGCAGCGCGGUGCUGUGCUGCGUAUGAUCGUCCAACCGCUCAAGAACGACGGCAGUGGCGCCGACACAGGGGCUGUCACCGCCAAAGAUUUGACCACAGCUGGCGUGCCGGCAUUUGCUACGCCGACGGGCAAAGUGACGGUGUGCAGUGGCGAUGCCAAGCUCGAGAUUGUUCAUGUGAACCAGACGUCGGCGAUGCUGCAAAAGGAACAGAUCGGCGUGGAGCCCAUGACACAGCUGAAAAGGGUGGCUCCUGCUCGACCCAAGUCGGGGCGUAGGGGGGCGGGAGAGCUUUCAGCUGUCAAGGAGGAUGUGCGUUUGCCAGCAGCUUUGCGUCGACCUAUCGGGUUGAGGAAGGAGCUCCUGGAUGCGGGUUCGUCUGCCGGUGCAUGCGGGGCGAAUGACGCCAAGGGGGCGAAACUGAGUCACGGAAAGGGUGACGCAGUGGGAGUAGCGGGUGCAGGUCGAACGAGCGCAGGAAGUGGAGCUAGCGGGACAGCUGAAAGCACUGUAGACAAGAACAGCAGGCCAGGCGUGUUGAGCUCUGCUUCGAACGCCGGAUCGGCGAACGGAUCGGCGGCAGGCUCAGCGCCUCCGUCACGCGCAGCGACGCCUUCGACAGCGGCUUCGGCAGGAGCGCAGAUCAUGAGCAUGUUUGGCAGCUACCCCUUGUCGCGUCUCGGGACAGGAUCUGCGUUGGCAUCCGUGUCGUCGGUGACGGCGCGCGGAAGCAGCGUCGUCUCGUCGAGCUCGGCCAAGACCAACGCCGAGGCGCUGGCGGCGAAUGACCGGGCCAAGCACGCGAACAAAGGCGCUGAGCAGAAAGACAAUUCGUCUGGCAGCAUCAAACAGGGAGUUGAAAAAACUGAUGCGCGCACGACCACCGAGACGUCCAUGGGCCAAGGUGUGGGCGGAUCAGCCGCAAAUAAAGGCAGCACGGUGGCUCACGCAGCCAAAGAGAGGGCGAGUGCGAUCGGAUCGUUGUUGUUCGAUACCAAAUUUGGGAUUUCGACACUGGUACUCGUGGCGCUGGUUGCAUUCUUGUUGGGUUCGUUGCUCAGAUCAACGGUGAUGCCAGUCGACUUUGUGUUGGUCAGGACGAGGGAUAAGCCGUUUUUAGGGGCCACGGACGAUGCGUCCAUGCGAAAGCUGAUGGACGGUGCGUCGGCUGCUAAGAGCGACUUUAUGAAGCUCGUACAGAGCGUCAAGGCGUCCACCACUGCGAGUUCGAAUGCGGCGCACCCCGCAGGCGUCGUCACACAGGUCCAGUGGACAGAGAUCAGGCGCCUCCUCCACGUACCGCUUCCAGGUACAGGGUGGGAUCUUGUGGCUGGUGGCGUCAGGAGACGUGCUUGA